UGUAAACGUGUGGACUUUUUUUCUUGAAGAGUGAUGGUGUAGCGCUGAGGCCAUGGAAGAACCACAAGGAUCCUACAGACACAACCAAUCUUCAUCUCUGCCCUCGGAACCUCCCCUAAACAUUGUCCUGAUUGGGGAGAGAGAGGCUGGGAAGAGCGCAGCCGGUAAUGCCAUCCUAGGCACAAUGGCCUUCGACCAGGUCGGCAUUAGAACCAAGAAAAGUUUGCGGCGAGAGGGUCUGGUAAAAGGAAGGCAGGUUGUGGUGGUGGACACACCAGGCUGGGACUGGUUCAACCUGACUGGCACCUCAGCAUCACCAGCUGCUGUUAGAAAAGAAAUGGUUACUAGUAUGAGCCUGUGCCACCCUGGUGCCCAUGCUCUGCUGCUGGUGAUACCCCUGUCGUUCUCCUUCUCCGGACGGGAUCGACGUGUUGCAGAGGAACACGUGGAGCUGUUCGGCCCUCGAGUCUGGAAUCACACGCUCGUGCUGUUCACCGUGAAGGACCCCAAGACCCUCUAUUACUCUGGUCUGAAGGACGAAGUGGAGACAAACAUCGAGCUGCAAAUCCUGGUGGAAAAGUGUGGUGGGCGUUAUCAUGCUCUCCACGGAAAACCCAGGAGGGGAGAGGACCUGGUGGCUGAACUUCUGUCUAAAAUCCAGGAGAUGGUUUCUACUAAUGGAGGAUCAGUGCUGUUUAACGACGAGAUACUAGAGCAGUCCAGGGUGAGAGAGGAGCAGGAAGAAAGGAGAGAGGAAGAAGAGAGGAGGAAAGAAGUAGAGAAGCUGCACAGAAUCAGAAAGAGUCUUAGGAAGAAGGAAAUGCAGGAGCCUGGUUUGUGGGGCGACAUAUUGAGAAUCAAUGACGAGGAAGAGAGCAGACGAUCAAGGCGAGAUGUUCCAAAUGACUCAGAGGUUCAGGAACCCUCAGUGAUAUCAAGGUGCAGGCAAAAUAUUCAUCAAAAGUGUAACACACAGUGAUAAAAAGAGGAAAAACAACCAAAAGAGACGAUGGAGAACUGAAUCUGCACUAAAUCUGAACUGAACAGGUUUUUUUUCCCUUUUAUAAUUAUUUUCUAAGGGAGCAAUUUUCCCUACCUGAUUGUUUAUUAUAAUAAACACACUGUUUGUACAUGUUUACAUUUUUAAGGAGAAGAUAAAAGUCAAUAGAUAUAAAAAAAAAUAACCUGGCUUUUGAACAAAGAA